UAAUGUCUGUGAAGGGAGGAACAUGAGGAGAUAGUGAAUGUGAUUUGUUCCGCUGGAUCUGACUCAUCCAGCAGCCUGGAACACCUGCAUUCGGGGUCUGCCAUUCAUUUAUUUCUGGGUGUUAAAAGAACCUGAAAUAAAAUUGAGCUGCCCUUCCCCAGUAUUUACUGGGAAAGGUAAAUCAGACAGUGUGAACGCAUCUGGCGUUGCCGCUGCUCUUCCCCACUAUACCGAGACACCCGGAGAGACUGCUAGAGCCUGAAAGGGCUGUGAAAAUGCAUCACACCCGCCACAGAGCUGCAUAGGUUUAAUAUAGGUGAAUCAGGCGAUUACAAGAGCUGCCACUUUAUUCACCACCGGGAUUGCUUUUCUCUUCCUUUCCCCUCCCCUGGAUGAAGAGGACUAGGCGGCAGUGUCACUGGGAGGAGAUGCUGAAUAGAAAGAAAAGAGAGGCACUUGACAGCGCAGCCCUGUGAAUACAGAGACUGUUUUCCUUUUAGAGACAGAGAGAGAGAGUGUGUGUGUGUGUGUGUGUGGUGCUUUUCUUUCUUUCCCUCUCCCCCACCCCCCCAGUCCUUUCCUUUCUCUCGCUCUCUUGUUUAAUCUAUGCGUCCAGCCAUGGGUUGCCUGUUGAUUUCCUCUCGACUGGAGAGAAAAGCAAACUGGGAUUAAACUGCAGCGAGAAAAGUGCAGCUCCUCAGACACGCAUCCGCACACACGCAUAGACGCACAGAGAAAGGAUGUGGUGGCGGCGGCUGCUGGCCUGUCUUAAAGAAACCCGAGCGUGCAUCUGAUUAGCGCAGCCCGAGAUUGCUCUUAAAAGAUAUAUGUUUGCUGCUAAUGGUGAUGAUGAGCUGGUGGGUUUCUUGAUUUUUUUUUUUAUUUCUUUUUCCUACCCUAGCAGCCGAGUGGGAGUUUGGUAGUAGAGGGAGAGAAAGGGAACUGCAAAUCCGGACACCAGUUUGUUGAGGGUUUUUUUUUUUUUUUUAAUUUGUUUUAUCCUUUGCCAUUCUCAUCCCCUUGCCUUUUGAUUCGGGAAGGAAAGAGUGAGGGUGUAGGAAACAGAGGGGGAAAUACCGAUGGCAGCGAGAUGCAGCUCUCCGCCGCAAGCAAUACGAGAUUAGAUCUCUAAAUGCAGCAAAACACUCCCUGAAAGCCAACAGCCCCGCGGUGCAAUCAGACAUUUCACUGCCUCUCACUGCACACGAAGAGGGCUCCUACAACAAGCUGAGACUUUUUUCCCUUCUGUCUCUCUCCCAUCCCUCUGCUCCAUCAAUUGCAUCGCAAGCGAUGAGUAGCAAAUAAGAUUUUUCUCCCCCUGCUUACAGACCUGUGGCCACCACCCCCUUUUCCCAUGUAUAUAUGAAUACACGUAUUAAAAAAAAAAAAAUCUUUUUGAUCGUUUUUAGAAAAACAACCACCGCCGCUGAUUUUUUAUGAUUAUUAUUUUUAUUAUCCUUUGUACAUCUGCGGACGUUCAAGGAUUGGGAACGCUUCGUCCGCCUGGAGGAGAAGAUCUUUUGCAAAUUUUCUGAUUUUUUGCAAUCCUCCCACUGCCGAAGUUGGACGGCCGAAGUAACUGCGAGGGGACCACAAUCACGGCGAGCGCUUCCUGAGACGCUGCCGGAGCAGCUCCCCCCUCCCCUGCCGCUGCCCCCCCCCCCGUUCUGCUCCCUGCCUUCCUCUAAGCUAUAUGGUCCAUUUGCUGCCUCUCAUCCUGUGUCUCUGCAGAUGUUUUAGAGCAACAGGUUCAGGAACUUAAAAUAUAGGGGUGGGUAGAGAGAAGGAAAAAAAAAAAAGCCAGAAAAAAAAUAGCCGAGCCGGCAGAGGAGGAGAAGGAAGAACAAGCCUAGUGCAGGAGGCAGAGAAGACGGGAACGACCCUGGUCGCCGCUGCAGCUGCUGCCAUCCCCCACCCCUGCUCGGGGAUGUACCUUUCCAUUUGUUGCUUCUUCCUCUGCUGGGCUCCCGCCCUGACACUGAAGAACCUGAAUUACUCGGUGCCAGAGGAGCAGGGAGCAGGCACGGUCAUCGGAAACAUUGGCCGCGAUGCGCGGCUGGCGGCGGGGGCAGCGGGUGGUGGGCUGCUGCCUGCUGAGCGCAGUGGCCCCGGCCGCAGCCCCAAGUCCACCUUUCGGGUGCUGGAGAACUCAGCCCCGCACCUCCUGGAUGUGGACGGAGAGAGCGGGCUGCUCUACACCAAGCAACGCAUCGACCGUGAGGCACUGUGCCGGCGCAGCACCAAGUGCCAACUGUCCCUCGAGGUGUUCGCCAAUGACCAGGAGAUCUGCAUGAUCAAGGUGGAGAUCCAGGACCUGAACGACAAUGCACCGACGUUCCCUUCUGACCAGGUGGACAUGGACAUCUCAGAAAACGCCGCGCCGGGCACCCGCUUUCCCCUCACCAGCGCCCAUGACCCAGAUGCUGGGGACAACGGUCUGCGCACCUACCUUCUAACCCGUGAUGACUACGGCCUCUUCUCUCUUGAUGUGAAGUCCCGCGGUGAUGGCACGAAGUUUCCGGAGCUGGUCAUCCAGAAGCCAUUAGACCGUGAGGAGCAGAGCCACCACACUCUGGUGUUGACGGCACUGGAUGGUGGCGACCCACCACGCUCGGGCACAGUGCAGAUCAAUGUACGCCUCAUUGACUCCAAUGACAACAGUCCGGUAUUUGAGGCAGCCUCCUAUGUGGUUGAACUGCCAGAAAAUGCACCACUAGGGACAGCUGUCAUUGACCUCAAUGCCACUGACGCCGAUGAGGGCACCAAUGGUGAGGUGCUCUACUCCUUCAGUGGCUAUGCACCCGAUCGCGUCCGUGAUCUCUUUAGCAUCGACCCACAGAGCGGCCUCAUCCGUGUCAAGGGCAACCUGGACUAUGAGGAGAGUGGUCUUAUAGAGAUUGAUGUCCAGGCUCGAGACCUGGGGCCCAACCCCAUCCCUGCUCACUGCAAGGUCACCGUUCGCCUCAUUGACCGCAAUGACAAUGCACCCACCAUUGGCUUUGUCUCUGUUCGCCAGGGAGCACUGAGUGAGGCUGCUCCACCGGGCACCGUCAUUGCCCUUGUGCGGGUCACUGACCGUGACUCGGGUAAGAAUGGGCAGCUCCAGUGCCGGGUGCUAGGAGGUGGUGGUGGGCCUGGGGCUGUCCCUUUCACACUGGAGGAGAACUAUGACAACUUCUACACUGUGGUCACCGACCGGCCCCUGGACCGUGAGGCGCAGGAUGAGUACAAUGUGACCAUCGUGGCUCGUGACGGGGGCAACCCCCCACUCAACUCCACCAAGUCCUUCUCUGUCCGAAUCCUCGAUGAGAAUGACAACCCACCCCGCUUCAGCAAGAAUCUUUAUGUAUUGCAGGUGCCCGAGAACAAUAUCCCUGGCGAGUACUUGGGCUCUGUCUUGGCUCAAGACCCUGACCUGGGCCAAAAUGGGACAGUGUCUUACUCCAUUCUGCCCGGCCACGUGGGCGACGUAUCCAUCUACACCUAUGUGUCUGUCAACCCAACCAAUGGUGCUAUCUAUGCCCUGAGGAGCUUUAACUACGAGCAGACAAAGCACUUCGAGUUUCGCGUGCUGGCCAAAGACUCAGGCUCACCCCACCGUGAGAGCAACGCCACAGUACGCGUUACCGUGCUUGAUGUCAAUGACAACGCACCCCUCAUCGUCCUACCUGCCCUCAUCAAUGACACCGCUGAGCUGCAGGUGCCACGCAACGCUGGGGUGGGCUAUCCUGUGGGCACCGUUCGUGCCCUGGACAGUGACUUUGGGGAGAGUGGGCGCCUCACCUAUGAGAUUGUGGAAGGCAAUGAGGAGCACCUCUUUGAGAUGGACCCCACUAGCGGUGAGAUACGCACCUUGCACCCCUACUGGGAGGAGCUCAGCCCUGUGGCUGAACUAGUGGUAAAAGUCAGUGACCAUGGCAAGCCCAGCCUCUCUGCGGUGGCCAAGCUCAUUGUCAGGGCCUUGGCAGGGCCCCUACCUGAGGCUGGCGAGCCACAGGUGAAUGGCGAGCAGCAUCGGCGACCACACUGGGACUUGUCGCUGCCCCUGAUCGUGACUCUGAGCACUGUCUCCAUCAUCUUGCUGGCUGCCAUGAUCACUAUUGCUGUGAAGUGCAAGCGAGAGAACAAGGAGAUCCGCACCUAUAAUUGUCGCAUUGCCGAGUAUAGCCACCCUCAGCUGGGAGGAGGGGGAGGCAGUGGCGGGGGAGGAGGAGGCAGUGGCAGUGGAGGGGGCAAGGGCAAGAAGAAGAAGAUCAGCAAGAAUGACAUUAUGCUGGUGCCCAGUGAGGGCGAGGACAGCCGGGGCCCCCUCAAUGUCAUGAACGUGGUGAGCAGCCCAUCCCUGGCCACCUCACCCAUGUACUUUGACUACCAGACCCGCCUACCCCUCAGCUCUCCCAGGUCUGAGGUGAUGUACCUGAAGCCCGCCUCCAACAACCUGACUGUACCCCAGGGACAUGUGGGCUGCCACACCAGCUUCACAGGGCAAGGGACUAACGCCAGCGAGGCUCCCCCGAGCCGGAUGUCCAUAAUUCAGACAGACAAUUUUCCCGCAGAGCCCAAUUACAUGGGCAGCAGGCAGCAGUUUGUUCAAAGUAGCUCCACGUUCAAGGAUCCAGAAAGAGCCAGCUUGAGGGACAGCGGGCAUGGGGACAGUGAUCAGGCUGACAGUGACCAAGACACUAACAAAGGCUCCUGCUGUGACAUGUCUGUUAGGGAGGCACUCAAGAUGAAAACUACUUCAACUAAAAGCCAGCCACUUGAACAAGAACAGCAAGGCAGAGGCCAAAGACCCAUUGUUGGGAUCUGUGGACCAGCCCGCUGUGAGGAUGGAAAAUUUUCAGAGCAAGAAGAAUGUGUUAACUGCACAGAUGAAUGCAGAGUGCUUGGUCAUUCUGACAGAUGUUGGAUGCCACAGUUCCCUGCAGCCAGCCAGGCUGAGAAUGCAGAUUAUCGCACAAAUCUCUUUGUACCCACAGUUGAAGCUAAUGUUGAGACUGAGACUUAUGAAACUGUGAACCCCACUGGGAAAAAGACUUUUUGUACAUUUGGGAAAGACAAGAGAGAGCACACUAUUCUCAUUGCCAAUGUUAAACCUUAUUUAAAAGCCAAACGUGCCCUGAGUCCUCUGCUUCAGGAGGUUCCCUCAGCAUCGAGCAGCCCAACCAAGACAUGCAUUGAGCCUUGCACCUCAACAAAAGGACCUCUGGAUGGUUGUGAAGUGAAAUCAGGAGCCUUCGCUGAACCAAACAGCCAGUACUUGUCAACUGACAGUCAGUAUCUAUCGCCUAGUAAACAGUCAAAAGACGCUCCCUUCAUUACAUCAGAUCAGAUGGCUAGGGCCUUUGCAGAUGUGCAUUCCCGAGUGAGCCGAGACUCGAGUGAGAUGGACUCUGUUCUGGAGCAGUUAGACCGUUCAGCCCGGGAUCUAGGCAGGGAGUCGGUGGAUGCCGAGGAAGUUGUGAGAGAAAUAGACAAGCUCUUGCAGGACUGUCGGGGAAAUGACCCUGUGGCCAUCAGAAAGUGAGGGGGAAAAUAAGGACAGGCUGGCAGUUAUGUUCCUCUUCUGCUGAUUAAAACUAACUAAAUAAAAAAUAAAAUCCCCUGGUUGUAACAGAUUUACAGGAAUGAAGGAAGACCAAUGCUGCUUUAAGGCUUUUAGUGAACAUCUGAAGUGCCCACAAGUAUGUUCUUUUCACUGCUCUUUCUUUUUGACAGAUAACACUGGUUUCAUUUUGACCAAACUUUCAUUAGGACAGAGUCGAGUACACAAAGAACUAUAUGAAUGAAGUAAAGAUGGUGGCAUUUUGACAAUCUGAUAGGAAGGUGUGAGAAAGGUGGAAUGGAAAUACGUCUGACACUUUAAGACUGUCCUCAAUAGCUGAUGCUGACUUUACUGUUUACGUAAAAACCCCAAGAAAAACAGGGUUGAAUAUUUCUGUUCUGUGGUGGAUUUCCAGCAAUCACCACAGGCUUCUACUGAAAGUCCUAAAAGAGUUCUUGUAGUAGUCCAAGCGACACCAAACAUUAACAUUCAUUUGUGGUAAACAUUUAUGUACAAAGUUAUCUGCCACAAAUAAGAGAGGAAAGAAAAAAAAAAGAACAAGAAAAAAAAAAAAACACCAUUCCAGAUCAUUAUUCAACCAGACAUAUCCUGAUCAUCAGUAAAACACUUCAUAUCAUAUUAAGAUAAAUGUAAAAUGAUAUAGUCCAUCUUGUCCUGCACACACAUCAGCUAAUUCACUUGAAAAAGAAGAAAAAAAUAGUAUCUAUUUAGCUUUUUAGUGUCCAGCAAAACUAUAAAUAGUUAGUGGGAAGUUAAAAAGAAAAAAGGAGAAAAAUACGUUUUGAAAAGUUACCUUUCAGGGUAAUACACCAGAUAAAUUAACAUUCUUAACACUUUUUGAUUCAUUUGUGGACACUAAAAUAGCUCAGGAAAGUGAAAAUGUCUUAGACAUCCACACAAGUCACACGAUCAUAUAAAUGUGCAAAUGUAAGAAGAUUCAGUGUGUUUACAUCAAAUGACAUAUUUUUAUUGAUUUAUUGCAGAUUCAGUGCAUAUGAGCCAAAUUGUUGAGUGUAUAAGAGCUAUAUUGUGUAUUUUAUUAAAUUAAUAUAUAGUUGUGUUGCAAAAAUAUUUGGGCUUAUAUUGUAAAUGGCAAGUGUUGCCUCGGUAGCUGUCGAACUCUAUGAGUUUUGUUUUUUCCUGCUUCCUUUUCCCCAUGGAUUUUGGGAAGCAGUGCCUCAGAGCAAAGUCUCUUGUUUAAUGUAUGGUCUACGAAGUACUGCAGUACAUAAUCUGUUCAAAAUGUGUUUGAGUGAGCUGAUGGAGCUAACUGAACGGCCUACAAAAAUAUCCAUCAGUCAUGGUUUUGUGCAAGUCCUUGUAGAAGCUUCUAUUGCAAACUCAUGUUUAAUAACAAAAAUUACACUUGAACCAACACCUGGAACCUUCUUAUUUAUUUUGUUUUUCUUUGUUUUCCCCAAAUAUGUGCAGCCAGCCUGUUUAGUGUAGGAUAUUUGAUUGACUUCUUAAGAAACGUCACACUUUUCAAAGUUUUGAUAUUUAGUUGAGAGAUCUGAAACAUAUGUCAGUGCCAAAAUUUGUCAAGGCAUGAGCAGUAUUUUCUCUGUUUCUUUAGACUGUGCAAUUUCUUCCUGCAGUUCUAAUUAUACACUGUUUAUAUUGGGGGAUUGUUUCUGUUUUUUUUUUUUUCUUUUUUUUUUUUUUUUAAUUCUGAAGAAAAAUUUGCAGAAUAAUUUGGGAGAGCUUCAACAUUUUUUAUUAUGUUUUCUAAGGGCAUUUUUAUUGCAUUUGAAAAUUCAAAAUUGCCUUCAGACAAAAGGUAAAAAAAAUCAACCCAUAUUCAAAAUGAACUAGCACAGAACAAGUAGAAGUGGAAGAAAAAAUGUUUAGCUCAGGAUUUGUCCCCUGUAUGCUUCAGAUACCGUGUUGGACAUAAAACUACUGCACAUUGUUUAAAAACAGUAUCUGGGUUAAAGUAAACACAUGCUCAACUAUAGAAACAUAUAUAAAAGAGUUCAUUUAAUUUAGGUUGGUAAUCUCAAAUAUCACAAAGCCAUACUUUUCAUCAAUUCAAGGAAUAACAUUCAUCCAACUUUCUCUUUUCAUGUUGAUUUGCCAUUAAAUGGUGAUAUCAGUCAGUCGUACAACUAAUUGUCUUCGGUUGUUGGAAACACCCAUUCCAGUUUGCUCUUAGCUCCUGCUGUUAAAAAAAGUCUAUGAAUACAUGUAAACAAAUGAUCUUGUACAUGUUUUAUCAAGCUACUCUCCAUGUUUUGGACAAUUUAUGUAACUAAAAUGUGGUGUUGUCUGUGUUAUAUAUAUUUCUUUCUUUUUGGCCAAGAGACCCAAGAUUGAUUUUGCUUGAUAGCUUGAUAGCUUAAAAUUCCAUAGUGGAGAGGAUUUCUUAUUGUUUAAACAGUCUUUUAUACGUAUUUCUGUGGUGCUCAUCACUUCAGUGUCUGUGCACCAAGUCGUUAGCUCUGCCAGUGAGAUACAUUAUUCAGCAAAAUCUAAGCCAGUAUGUAAAUGCAGUCAAGUGAUGGAGAUUUGUGUAUUUUAUAAAUGAUUUUAACACUGAGUAACCAAUUGUACAAUUCAUUGUAUAUGUCUGAAGACAUAAAACCACAAUAUUCAGAGAAAGGGCUGUGCCAAUGUAAGAGGAAUUUACCUUAAGGCUCUCUGUCACUAGUGAUUUACUAGCUUUAGUUGUUUAACACAUUAUCUGUAUUUAGUAGUGAUUAUUUAUUUACCACUCUGAGGUAAUUCAGAAUUCAUGACUCACGGCUUUAUAGGAGAGUUUAGGAAAUCUUGCUUUUAUUUAAUUUGGCCAACAACUGCCUUGUGUUGUAUAUCUUUGGCAUACUGCUUCCAGUAAGCAUGUCCCAGGUUAAAAAAUUGGUUUCAUAAUUUAGGAUUGAUACAUAAUGUAUCAACAAAUGAGCAGAGCAUAUAUAAUGUGAGUUUUGCUGUUUGAGUCAAAAUUAACAUGAUUAUGUCUGAAGGAAGUGUCAUCUGAAGUACCACAAACAAAAGAAUUAGAACACUUUUUUCUCUCUUUGGUAUCUUUGCAAUCGCCACUGGAGAAAGAGACAGCAAUGGAAGAUGAAGUUGAGUUAUUUCUCUCAUUCCUUAUGUACGUCUUAUAAAACUGAAAUAAAAUAUGUCACAUGACUAUAGAGAGAAUGACUGAGCAAAGGGAAAGCAAGUUAAAAAACUAAUAAAAUUGUACUGUACACUGUGAAUAGAGCAUAAGGCAUUCUGUUUUAUUUUAUUAUUUUUAUUUUUUAGAUUAAUGAAAUCAAGCAACUGAGAGUUCCUUAAAAGACUGGCCAAUCAAAUUGGGACUCUAAAUCAGAUCUUUUCUUUCCUCCACUUCUUUCCUGGCAUACUUAUCAGGAAAGAGAGUCUUCUUAACUAUGAUUUGCCACUUGAGGUAUUAGGCUUUGAAGUCCAAGCUAUAUCCAGAAGUCAGAAAUUGCUCACAGUGGAGCAAGGUGCAUCAUUCCAACAAACUUUCAACUGUCUGUUGCCUAAUGGAAGGGAAAUUGCUAAGGUCAAAAAGGAGUUGGAAACCGAGCAUAGUAUGCACCCAUUCACUAUUAUUUAAUUACUUUAUUUUGAGAUUAGACAGUGAUUAUUAUUGCAUUAAUUCAAGUGGGAGUUUUGGCUAUCAAGAUUUAUUGACGUGUAGCUGAAUGAAACUUGAUUGAGAUUUUGACUUCUCUGGCCCGGUAGUGCUACAGGUUAGCAUUCGCAUCUAUCAGUCCCUGUCUCCCCAUAUGGCUCAAAGGUGCACCAAUGACUAGUGAAUGACAUAUACACACUAAAAAUAAAACAAACAGGAAAAAAAUGAACAAAAAAAAAUCCACAAACAAAAGCAGCAUACAUUGUAUGAAUUAUUUCAACCGCUAUUGUUCAAUGGCUGUGUUUAAUGUGACCUAUCUGGAAAAUGAGGACUACGAAUAAAAAGCAAUUACUAAUA